AUGCGCCUACGCUCUGUGGGUGCGUCUAAGCCAUCACCCACACACACGUACACACAGACACACAACCCACACGCACAGGCACAGGCACAGGCACAGGCACAGGCCCUACGCAACAGCCAGACCGAGACAUACACCUCCACCUUCCGGCGGAUAGAAAAAACCAGGUUUAAAUCAGCCAGUGGGAGUUUGGAAGAGGAGGAUGACGCCGUGCGGGAUAUGCAGGAGAAGGACACCCGCGCACACGCAGGCACCACCGCUGAACUUAGUUUACUGUACAGUGAUGGGGUGUGUGUGUGUGUGGAGGGGCGUAGUUUGGUGACGGCCAUUGUGGCACGGAUGCAAGUACAAGGCGAAGACAACGAACACACACAGCCACACACACACACACAGCCACACACAGAAAGAGAGAUACAGACUCAGAGACACAUGCAGACACAUACGACGACGGACCAUGCAACAACCUCGGCAGAGGGACACUCGGUCAGUGGUAGGGGUGUGGUGGAUGCUAACCCCCACCUAAGCCAUGUGCACAGAGCGGUGCAGGCUGCUGGGUUGAGUGGCGGAGAGGAUUCAGAUGCUGAGGCUGUGGUUAACGUAGAUAAAUACGGAGACGAUACGGCCGAUGAGAGUUCUGAGAGACCGAAGUAUGGGAAGCAGGUGGGUCUAGAGGAGAAG